AUGGUCCGAGUCACCGACGACACUGCGCUCGCGACGGAGCAGCUCGUCGCGUACCACGCCUCGGAUCCGCUCCUCGGCCACCUGCCCAUCGUCGUCCUCUACGGCGCCUCGACGACGGCAAACCACACCCACAACAGCUCGCGCGUCCAGAUCCACGUCCUCUCGCCCGCCGGCCUGCGCAGCUUCCCGCGCCUGACCAUCUCGCCCAACUCGCCCUUCUACGGCGUCGUCGCCCGCCUGCCCCGCGAGUUCCAGGGCGACGAGGUCUACCGCGCCCUCGCCUUUGGCCUCUUCCGCUGCUUCGCGGAGCUGCCCGAGGGCGUCCGCGCCCACCUCCGCAGCGCAUAUCCCACCAGGGGCCGGGGGCCGACCGGGGCGGACGCGCCGCUCUUUAGCGAGCAGCAUGUCGCCAACGUGGUCGCGACCAUGGUCCCGAGCGACAACACGCACGGCGUCGUGUCGGCCAUCCAGGACGCCCUCCAGCCGCAGCACGUCAGCAACCUCGACCUCGACCUCAUCCUGCCCCCGGGCUCUAUUGUCCCGCUUCAGGACGAGGACCUUGAAGAUGUGCCCGAGGACGAAGACGACAUUCUCGACCCCACGCUUCGACAGUACGCCGGAUACACUCCCCUCGUCAAGUUGUUUGGGGAGCCCGUGUUCAUCCCGACGAGUCGACUACGCCGCGCACCGUCCAAGCCGACGUCAAUAAACAAGAGCAAGACCUUUACCGUGGAGCAAAAGAUUGAGCUGCGCAUGAAGCUUGCGGAGCUCGUCGAUACCGAGGAACGCUACGUCUUGAAGCUCAACGAGCUCGCUCACUCUGUCGUCGACAGGUUUCGCGACGGGGUCCAGCAAAGAGAGGGACAGAGCCUCAAUGCGGCCGAGGCUGAACUCGCGCAGCUGUUCCCUGGCGCUGCCGAUGAGAUCCUCAAGCUCAACUCUACAUUCUUGAGAGAACUGCAAAACGUCAUGGACGAGACGGAGGAAGAGGCGUUGGUCGACAUGGAGGGCAGUAGUGCGCAACUCAUGAGUCCUCGCCAGGCUGGCACGGGUCGCCCAAAAGACCCGAUUGGAGCGCUAGCCAUGGCAAAGGUGUUCCUCGAGUGGUUUCCCAAGUUUUCAGACUGCUAUAGAGACUACAUUAAGGCGAGCCAGCACUUCCCGACUUCGAUGGAUGGCUUUCUGGACCCGCAAGCGACGGCCCAGCGAGGUGACCAAGCGACAAAAUCCGCAUUGAUCGAGCCUGUCCAGCGUCUGCCUCGCUACAGCUUGCUGAUCGACCAAAUCGUCGCUUCGCUGCCAAUUACACAUCCCGCGCUGCAGUCCAUGCUGAAGGCAAGAGACAUUAUUACGAAUAUUUGCUCGCUGGACACGGCGGAAACAACCAAACCUCAGCUUGCCAGCCAGCUUCGGAAUAUUGUGGAGGCUUGGCCCGCAGAUCUCGAGCCCAAGGGUCGUCUCAUUGGAGCUGCUGAUUUUAUUGAACUCUCACUUCCAUUCGAGGUCUCCCUGUCGGAGAGUGAUAACAAAGGAAUCCUGCUUCUGUUCGCCGACUGCGUGGCCGUUCUUAAGAAGACCGGCCGCCUCACCGGCAGAGACCUACUACGAGAGAUUGGCAAGCCCUCCGCCGCGGAACUGCUCAUUUCUAUGACGAAUGCCGCAGGUGGCUCCGCAGCGUACGAGUUUGCCUUCACCGGCUGGCAUGACCUCGCAAGCGUUCGCUUCACCGAGUCUGCUAACGGCAGCUUCGCGUGGAUGACAUCGACGCAGAACAUGAAGGGCGUGCACACGGGUGAACACCGCAUCAGCGCAGCGCCAACGGCGAGAUGCUUCCUGCUGCAGGAGCUGUACGAAGGCAAGGCGUCCCGGUGGGCAGAGGAUGUGACCAGGGCGAGGAUUGAAGCGCGCUUCUCGGAGUCUGAAAGAGAAAACCCAUCCUGGACGCUGCGUUCUAUCCGCAUGCCCGAUAGCAAUCUAGGGCUUCACGCAGCGGUCUUUCAGGAAGGCGCUGAUCAGCUUAUCGAGGGUCGCCGUGAGCCCGCUGCGGUGCGCGUUGUCAUCGAUCACGAAAAAGGCACGAAGGGUGCGCCCGUUGGGCACUACGGCGUGGAGAUCGUCAUAACCGUGGCUACCAAUGACAUGAGGCGAAUAUCAAUGAUUACUGCCGGUCUCCAUGGCAAGCAAUACGAAGACAUCGUCGCCUUGGAAGACCUGAUCCCGACGAUGUCGCGACGAAUAAUUCAACUUCUUAAUAGCCAGUUCAACGUCGCCAACAUGGAUCUCACCGCCGCCAUGGUUUCCUACAAUAGCAAAAUCCUCCGCAGCUUGAACUUUUCCGCACAAACCACCCCAAUUCCCCGCGCAGAAAGGACAAGAUCAUUUCUUUCUGCGUCCCCGGUGAAGCUCUUGUCCAACCUUUGGGGGGGCGGGACUACCGGCAACAAUACCGUCAACAGCAACGCUGCCCAUGGAGAUAGCACAGCAUCUGUGGACUCGAUAAUAUCGACUACUACCGUUGCGCGCCAGCCCUCACUCCAUCGCAGCAACAGCCACCACUCGAUAUUGGGAUCCAUUCGGGGCGAGCGUUCCUUUAUCGAAGACACGCCGCCAGACAACCCUAUCUUGCGUCUGGAGGAGACAUUCACAGCAUAUGUAGCCGCACUGCAAGAACGCAAAGGGGCGAUUAGCGGCAGAACGAUGCUGAAUCGGUCCUCUGUCGACGAAGUUCUGGUUAACGACGUUUAUAAUCGCCUCAUCGAGAAUCCCUAUGACUUUGAACUGCCCCUUGAAGUGAGUACGGAAGUCAUAUUUGUGGCUUUUGAAAACUUCCUGCGCAUAGCAUGGAAGGAGCAAAUGGGCGCGGUCAUGUCCAAGCAAGCCAUGGUCACUCUGCAAGACCGCGCGAACCGGAGGGCGCUCGGCGACUUCGCAGACUUUGUCCGCUAUUUGUUCUCCGAUAUGGCGCCUCAGAAUCGCCGCGCCGUCGCUUCACUCAUUAAACUAUUAUCAUAUCUUCUCGAUGGCUGCAGCGAUGACGGUGAUAGAGGCGCUUUGACAAUUGCUUUUGCUGAGCUUCUCGUCAUGGAUGGAACGGCGUCUCACUAUAUUAACCUUCUGGACCGUCUGGUGGAAGACUGUGACCGAAUCUUUGGUAGCGUGAGCCCGAAUCAGAGCUUUUCCUAUGAAGCAUCCACGCUAGGGUCAAUUCGCUCCGCUACGUUACGCAAAGAAGUCUCGAUGACGGGCUCAGUUGCGUCGAAUACCUCCUCCUUGCGCAAAAAGUUUGGACUUGAGUCGUUGAUGCGACAAAACAAGGACGACAGACCCGAACGGCCAUCCGUCUGGAGGAGCCUUAGCAAGCAUCGUAACCCAGCGACAGGAGAGCCCUCGAGCAUCUCGAGACGAACUAUGAGGCAUGGCUUGAUGGGUGAAGAUGGGACCUUGCCUAGACUUCUGCAACGAGGCAACAGCGCCCGGGAGCGACCAACAGUUGCUGGCGCAUUUGACGCGCCGAGCAGGCCGACAAGUUCGCACAGAGCAGAGUUUCCUCUCAACACAAUCGGCGAGCCUCAGCAUGAGAGCGCGACCCCAUCCAGAUUCAAGCAUAAACGCCGAAGCUCGCUCUCUGAUCUGAAGAGCCUGAUGGAGGCCGCAUCUCUAGACGACGAGGGAGAUACCACUCAACCUCUUCAGCUUUCCAACCAGACUCCAGGAAAGGCCAAUACCCCGGCUGGACCGAGACUGCAGCGAGACAUUAGUGGUUGCUCGCAGCAGAAAGAAAACACGAAUGCAGCAGGGAGUGUGAGGUCUUUUGAUAGUGGGAGGGAACCGAGCAAGAUGCCAUCACCUGUCAAGUCCGUUGUCAAGCACGCCAAGGCGCUCUCCGUAUCGAGCAUCCCCAUGCUGAAGCCGGUUCAGCUUGGCCCCUUCACAGCCGGCUCUGCUGGUAAAUCCUCCGGUAGGCUAACACGUUCGCCCGCACGAAUACGACUACAAUCGCCGCAACGGCUUCGGGAUCGUGUGCAGACAAGCAAGACUGCUGUGUACGAAGCCAGCAAAGCACUUCGCGCCGAGCUACAAAGGACCACCGAUCAAGCCUCCCACGGCGACGCAUCUGCCAGCAAGGAAAGCCUCGAACCCGUGCAUGCCUUGAGCGACAAGCUGAACAGGACGAUCCAGGAGCUGCAGGCCAAGUACGCCGCACUGCAGGAGGAGAUGGACACGACGCUCAAGGCCACCGAGGUCAAGAUGCGCUCCAUCGAUCAGCAGCACAAGGAGGUCUCGGCGGAGAAUGAGCUCAUCUACGAAAAGUUCAACGACGAGCUCGGCAAGAUUGUCAAGGCGCUGCGCAGCAAGGGCAAGGAGGAAAAGGAAGAGCUGAUCGGCAAGAUCAAGGAGCAUUCGGAGGAGUCGGCCAAGCUGAGGAGGGAGAAUGGGCGGCUGAAGCGGGAGAACAUCAGUCUGCGCGCGUUAUUGAAACAGCCCGACCAAAGUUAG